GUUAGAUCCUCUAUAGUCUUCUGCACCAAGCAAACGAAUCGAUUGUGAAAGUUCAAAUCCGCUUAGCUUUCGCAAUAUAUAAUUAGGGUUUCUUCUCCCUCGACGUAUUGCUGGUUUCCGACUGUGAUCACAUCUUAUCAAAUUCUUACAUAGUUGAGGUGAGAGAGAUGAGUCAAAAAGGUUUAAUUUAUAGCUUUGUAGCAAAAGGAACUGUUGUUCUGGCUGAGCAUACCCAAUAUUCUGGUAACUUCAGUACCCUAGCCGUACAGUGCUUGCAGAAGUUGCCUUCAAAUAGCAGCAAAUAUACGUAUUCUUGUGAUGGCUACACGUUCAACUUUCUCACAGACAAUGGAUUUGUGUUUCUAGUUGUUGUGGAUGAAUCAGUUGGUAGGAGUGUUCCUUUUGUGUUUCUUGAGAGGGUACGUGAUGACUUUAAACAGCGCUAUGCUGGAAGUAUACAUUCUGAUGAUCCACAUCCACUGGCUGAUGAGGAUGAUGAAGAGGAUGACUUGUUUGAAGAUCGAUUUAGUAUUGCAUACAAUCUGGACAGAGAAUUUGGGCCAAAGCUUAAAGAGCAUAUGCAAUACUGUAUGAACCAUCCUGAUGAGAUAAGUAAGCUGUCCAAAUUAAAGUCCCAAAUAACAGAAGUGAAAGGGAUAAUGAUGGACAAUAUUGAAAAGGUUUUGGAUCGUGGUGAAAAGAUAGAACUCUUGGUGGAUAAAACUGAGAACCUUCAAUUCCAGGCUGAUAGUUUCCAGAGGCAAGGAAGACAACUGAGGCGAAAGAUGUGGCUGCAAAACAUCCAAAUGAAGUUGAUGGUAAUUGGUGCAACUCUUGCCCUAAUCCUCUUGCUCUGGCUAAUUGCAUGUGGAGGUUUCAAAUGUUGAAUAUAAUAAUCUGAAUGAUAUGAAGAAUUCUCUGUUAGUAGUAGAGUUGAUUCUUCUCUUCUUCUUGUUCACCUGUGUACAAAAACCUCAUCUCAAUAAACAAUGACUGGAAACCUACCUACCUACCUGCUUGCUCUCUCUAAAACAUUGUUUGCUUUAAGUAUGUAUGAACUGUCCUUCCAAAAAAUAUAAAAAUUAAUGGUAUCUAGAUGUUAUCUACA